AUGGCACAAUGUGGCAUACCAAGAUCCUGGUCGGACGGAGGACGAUUUCACCAGGCUCGCUCCCAGCCGCAAAAUGGGAAGAGCAUUAGGUUUGGCAGUCUCAACGACAGACGGCGAGCAAGAGUUCCGGAUUUUAAACGGUGGGACGGUGCCUCUAGGACUUCCCAACCGUGGGACUGCUUAUGGAAAAGACUAUGGCAUCGCAAGGGUAAUUGCUCAGUAUAUCUAUAUGGCCGUGGCCAGUCGAGUCGGAGCCCUUCGUUCAAAGUGCCCUUCGACACCUUGCUUGCAACUCAAUGUCAACCCCUGGUCGCAAGAUGUAUCAGACAAGAUAUCCCAGAAACAGUAGACAUCAAAGCCAGCGAAAUCGAGCUCUACAUUUCUGCUCCACCUACGGCAACCGAAGCAGAGGUCAUUCGUCAUUACCUGGAUAUUCGCAAUUUCUUUGCCUGGAUUUUUCGGAGAUCGAUGGUGGGGGAACAUCUUGGAGCAACCCUCAUUCGUCUUUUACACACAAUGACUGAGCUCCGAUGUCUUGGGGUCAACAAUGCGGACGACCUGUUGAGCUACGCCGACGAAGAAGGUUAUCUGGAAAUGUGUAAUCAACCAGCACAUGCCUUAGGCAUGCUUCAAUUUGCGGAGUAUUGUCAAGAUCGCAGGCUCUACAUUGAGGCAUUCACCCACUGUACCGGAAUGUUUGAAGAGCUAUACGUUGUCCCCGAAUACCAGGCAAGCGUUCCUCACAACUACUUCAGCGUCGUCUAG